AGAGUCCCAGCUGGCUCUGCCAAGUGUAACAAACCCCAGAGCCCUCUCUAGACUGACUGGGGCAGCCACCAGAGGCUCCCAGGGAACUAACCCGGGAGGCUGAAGACGGAGACGGGACCUCUACAGGGAGGAAGCAGGCCGGCCCUUGGGGGGACCAAUGUGGCCCCAAGGCUGAGUCCAGCUGGGGUUUGGCCUCGGCCUCAGCCCCCCAAGGAGCCGGCCCUACACCCCAUGGGGUUAUCACUGCCCAAGGAGAAGGGGCUAAUUCUCUGCAUAUGGAGAAAGUUCUGCAGAUGGUUCCAGAGACGGGAGUCUUGGGCUCAGAGCAGAGAUGAGCAGAACCUGCUGCAGCAGAAGCGGAUCUGGGAGUCUCCUCUCCUCCUAGCUGCCAAAGAGAACAAUGUCCAGACCCUGAACAAGCUGCUCAAGUAUGAGACCUGUGAAGUGCACCAGAGAGGAGCCAUGGGGGAGACGGCACUGCAUGUAGCAGCCCUCUAUGACAACUUGGAGGUUGCCAUGGUGUUGAUGGAAGCUGCCCCAGAGCUGGUCUUUGAGCCCAUGACAUCUGAGCUAUAUGAGGGUCAGACUGCACUGCACAUUGCUGUUGUGAACCAGAACGUGAACCUGGUGCGAGCCCUGCUUGCCCGUGGGGCUAGUGUCUCUGCCAGAGCCACAGGCACUGCCUUCCGCCGCAGUUCCCACAACCUCAUCUACUUCGGGGAGCACCCUUUGUCCUUUGCUGCCUGCGUGAGCAGUGAGGAGAUUGUGCGGCUGCUCAUUGAGCAUGGAGCGGAUGUCCGGGCCCAGGACUCUCUGGGAAACACGGUGUUGCACAUCCUCACCCUCCAGCCCAACAAAACCUUCGCCUGCCAGAUGUACAACCUGCUGCUGUCCUACGAUGGAUGCAGGGACCACCUGCAGCCCCUAGACCUCGUGCCCAAUCACCAGGGUCUCACUCCCUUCAAGCUGGCCGGAGUGGAGGGCAACACUGUGAUGUUCCAACAUCUGAUGCAGAAACGGAAGCACAUUCAAUGGGCAUACGGGCCGCUGAGCUCCACCCUCUACGACCUCACAGAGAUCGACUCUUCAGGGGAUGAGCAGUCCCUGCUGGAACUCAUCAUCACCACCAAGAAACGAGAGGCCCGCCAGAUUCUGGACCAGACACCAGUGAAGGAGCUGGUGAGCCUCAAGUGGAAGAGGUAUGGGCGGCCAUAUUUCUGCGUGCUGGGGGCCAUAUACCUGCUGUACAUCAUCUGUUUCACCAUGUGCUGCAUCUACCGCCCCCUCAAGCCCAGGACCAGUAACCACACCAACCCCCGGGACAAUACCCUUUUGCAGCAGAAGCUACUUCAGGAAGCCUACGUGACCCCCAAGGAUGACAUCCGGCUGGUAGGGGAGCUGGUGACUGUUAUUGGGGCUAUGAUCAUCCUGCUGGUAGAGAUCCCAGACAUCUUCAGGAUGGGGGUCACUCGCUUCUUUGGACAGACCAUCCUUGGGGGGCCAUUUCAUAUCCUUAUCAUCACCUAUGCCUUCAUGGUGCUGGUGACUAUGGUGAUGCGACUCACCAAUGCCAACGGAGAGGUGGUGCCUAUGUCCUUUGCCCUGGUGCUGGGCUGGUGCAACGUCAUGUACUUUGCCCGAGGAUUCCAGAUGCUGGGUCCCUUCACCAUCAUGAUCCAGAAGAUGAUUUUUGGUGACUUAAUGCGAUUCUGCUGGUUGAUGGCUGUGGUCAUCCUGGGCUUUGCUUCAGCCUUCUAUAUCAUCUUCCAGACAGAGGACCCUGGCAAGCUGGGCCAUUUCUAUGACUACCCCAUGGCCCUGUUCAGCACCUUCGAGCUGUUCCUCACCAUCAUUGACGGUCCCGCCAACUAUGAUGUGGAUCUGCCUUUCAUGUACUGCAUCACCUACGCCGCCUUCGGCAUUAUUGCUACGCUGCUCAUGCUCAACCUGCUCAUUGCCAUGAUGGGCGACACGCACUGGCGAGUGGCCCAUGAGCGAGAUGAGCUCUGGAGGGCCCAGGUCGUGGCUACCACAGUGAUGCUGGAGAGGAAGUUGCCUCGCUGCCUGUGGCCUCGCUCUGGGAUCUGUGGGCGCGAGUAUGGCCUGGGGGACCGCUGGUUUCUCCGGGUGGAAGACAGGCAGGAUCUCAACCGGCAGCGCAUCCAACGUUAUGCACAGGCCUUCCACAACCUGGGCUCUGAGGACUUGGACAAAGACUCAGUGGAAAAGCUGGAGCUGGGCCGCCCCUUCAGCCCCCACCUACCCCUCCCUACACCCUCAGUGUCUCGAAGUACCUCCCACAGCAGCGCCAACUGGGAAAGACUUCGACAAGGGACCCUGAGGAGGGACCUGCGGGGAAUGAUCAACAGGGGUCUGGAAGACGGGGAGGGCUGGGAAUACCAGAUCUGACUGAGUGUGUAUACUUGCUUGGUUUCCCAGAACCUGCUCUCAUUUUUCUGGGGGCAUCAAA